AUGAGCCCGGCAGCCUAUGAAAGCAGUCUCCUAUCCAACCUGAACGUUCUACCGGUGUGGGAACUUGGCAUCAACGGAACUGGAAUCACCGUCUCCAUACUCGACGAUGGCGUCGACUAUUUGCAUCCGGGGCUUGCCAAGGCAUGGAGCUCCGAGGGAAGUUGGGAUUUUGCAAGCAAGGGCCCCCAAGCGCUUCCGCAAAAGCCAGAUGACCGACAUGGCACACGCUGUGCGGGACAGAUCGCAGCAGCACUUGGAAGCAAGUGCGGACCAGGGGUAGCAUUUGGUGCCCAAAUAUCGGCCGAGCGGCUACUUGGAGAAGGCAUUUUCGACUCAACUGAGGCUAAAGCACUCAACUACCGAUGGGAACGCAACGACAUUUACUCGUCAUCCUGGGGACCUGCGGACGACGGCUCAUCGCUCGACGGCCCCGGUCGGUUCGCUCAAGCCGCUCUCGAGAGUGGCAUUCGAAACGGGCGGCACGGCCGAGGGUCAAUCUUUGUCUUUGCCAAUGGCAACGGCGGCAAAGCCGACAACUGCAACUACGACGGCUAUGCAAGCAGCAUCUACACCAUUUCUGUGGGUGCCAUCACCCACGACGGGGUACUCACGCCGUACUCAGAGCCAUGUGCUGCCCAUUUGGCUGUCAGCUAUGCGGGCGGCCAUGGAAAAGUGAUCAGCACAACCGAUCCUCGCGGCCGAUGCACCACCGAACACACGGGUACAUCAGCGGCUGCCCCAUAUGCAUCUGGUGUGAUUGCGCUGCUGCUUUCGUAUAGACCCGAUCUGACAUGGAGGGAUGUUCAGCACCUGAUUAUCCACUCCGCCAAGAUCACAGAUCCGGGCGAUCCUGGGUGGCGGACCAACGGCGCCGGGUUGCCUGUUUCUCACAAAUACGGAUACGGUGCCGUCGAUGCGUAUCGGCUGAUCGAGGCCGCCAGGGACUUUCGGUCGUUGCCAGAGGCCAUGCCUCAUUGGAAACAUCGUGUGCGAGUGCACCGACGCAUCCCGGCGGCGGUUGGUCGACAUGCGGCGCUGAUCGACGAGAUCAGGGUUCGGCCCGAUCGCAGCAACAUGAUCUCGCGGCUCGAGCACGUUCAGGUGGUGUUGCGACUGGUCCAUCCGAAACGCCGGUUCCUGACCAUCUCCCUCGUCUCGCCCGCUGGUACCGAAAGCAUACUGGGAACCCCGAGACCAAGAGACACGUCCGAUCAGGGAUUCAAUCCGUGGACGUUCACAACCGUGCAUCACUGGGGCGAAUCGCCGCUCGGGCGGUGGCAGCUCCGUCUUGCCGACCGCCGAGACGAUGAUGGCGCCUUUGACCCCAGGUGGCCCGACGAAGGCACACUGAUAUCGUGGGAGCUGGUGCUCGCUGGAAUCGGCAACGCAUCCGCAGCUGAUGGCGACUGGACGAUCUCACCGCGGCCGCACGCAGCGACUUACGACCUGCCCCGUCCCAGCUUCCUCUCGGUUGGCACAACGACCACGGCUGCCCUGUUGCUGGUGCCGAUCGUCCUGGCCAUCCUAUACCGAAGGCCAGGACGGAGGAUUUACAGCUAAGGGCUCGCCAAGGACGGGCGGCGACGAGGGACCAUCGCCAAACAAUACACCGAGUCCACAAAAAAUAGGAAUAAACAGUAUUUGCCAUGGCCGAAGGGGGCGAGGCUUCUGCACAGACACCGGGUGGCCCAGUGUAGCCAAGUCUGGGAAAGGUCGCCGAGGACGCAAACAAGACCUUCCUCGGAUCGCAAUCAUGAACGCUGGGCCGGCAGCGCCGGAAUGGCGACGUGUGUAGCGGAUGAUGAGGGGGGAUGAGCAAAGGCGGGGGAAAUCCAACCAGGACAACUAUGGGAUCGGCUCAGAGGCUCUCCUAAUUGCAACUUUGUUGUAACAAGGUGGUUGGGGGUGUGCAAUCCUCUACAAUAUCCCUCCAGCACGAAGCGAAGGGCUUGGGAUAUAGUUUCAACCCAUUCGUCAUCACCGAUAUAGUUG